UUCCCGCUCCCAUAUAGAUACACUGGCUCGAUACCCACUCCAUUUCGCAAUCAGAUAUUCAUUUUGUGCGUUUUAUAAUUGAUAUAGUGAGAGAAAAUGCAAAAGCAUAGAAGAAGCUUUGAUUCAAUCCAUGGAACAAGAAGAAUUUCGGUAGAGAAAGAGGAGCAGGAAAUAGUGAAGAGAUCAAAUCUAAUUUCUCAGCUUCUCGAGAUCGAAAGAAGGCUGCAGAAGCUGCAAAACAAAUCGGAGUCGAGAGAAGAGCAACUCAAAGCUUGCACUGAGGAUUCAGGGAGGAGUUCCAAGCCUGAAUCCCUACUUUCAUCGAAAUCGACGGAAAGAAGCCGCAGUCGAAGCCACGAGCUCGAUGAUACCGUUUCUUCUGCCAACUCGGGCAUGCAUCAGGAGGCAUAUAAGAGGAUGAUGAGGCAUGUUUUAAAGCAAUUAGAAGAAGAGGCAGAACAAUGGGUAGAGGUGGAUCGCACCUUGGUUCUCUUAAACCAACAACUCCACUCCCUAAGGGAAGAUAGAGACCACUGGCAAAACCAAGCCAUAUACAAUGACAAGAAGUUAACCAAACUUGAAGACCAGAUGCUGACGUGGCGGAAGAGGGCAAUGAGGUCAGAGCAGAGAGCACGUAAGCUUGACGCCACGAACUCAAAACUUCAACAAGUGUAUCUGGAGCUUCUCUUUUGCGGGGCCCACCAUUCAUCCGACGUGGAAACUCCUUUUCAGACUCAAUUAUUAUCGCGCAAGAAAAUAGAUCGUCCCUUCUCAAGUCCUGGGGUUCCAAAAGCAACCAAACCAAUAGGGACUCUUGGAAAAGAGAAUGUGACGAAAACACCCUCAAACUAUUCUAGAAAUGGUAGACGAGUACUAUCGGAUAUGGGAAACGUGGUAGGACACUCUUUGUAAAAUGUGAGCUUCACGUCAGAAAUGCCUCCGAUCUUUUAUGGAA